AUGUUUCCUCCUCAGAAUGUGAAUAUCGACCUGGAGGCUUUGAGUGGGAUAUGUGGUUCAAUCUCAAUCGCCUGCUGGGUCGUCGUAUUCUCUCCCCAGAUAAUUGAAAAUUUUCGUCGCGGUUCGGCCGAUGGCCUCUCCCUUCUCUUCCUCGUUGUUUGGCUGGCAGGCGAUGUCUUCAAUAUCCUCGGUGCCGUCCUACAGGGUGUGCUGCCCACGAUGAUCAUACUCGCCAUUUACUACACGCUCGCGGAUAUAGUACUAUUAGGGCAAUGCUUCUACUACAGAGGGUUCACUUUGAAAGACGAGGCCACAUCCGCUUCUACACCAGAAGACCCCGAGGAGGUUGAGACAGCAUCUCCCGUCAUAUCAAGAAAGCCAACAGAGCACACCUCACUGCUCUCCGCGCAUGAUACCCACCACAACUACCACUCAAAUACCGGCCCUUCCAACGGAAACGGACCUCCGCUUCUCUCACACGGUCAUCGUCGACACUCGGCAACCUCGUUUCUCCAUUCCUCCGUCGAUGGAACCCAUCUGUCCCCCGCAACCCCUUUCAUAGAACCCACAAAGCCUUCCCGCCAAACAAAAACGAUUUCGACUAUACGCACCGUCUUGCUCAACCUUUCCGCCGUCGCCCUCGUCUGCGCUGCAGGAAUCGUAGGCUGGUACGUCAGCCGCUCAGCGCCAACAAAGCACAAAAAGCACCCCGAUCACUCUCCCAGCGACACCGCGCUUGCUUUUGACACUCUGGGACAAGUGUUUGGGUAUCUAUGUGCCGUUUUAUAUCUCGGGUCUCGCCUUCCUCAGAUCCUACUCAACUACAAGCGAAAGUCUACAGAGGGCGUAUCGCUGCUGUUCUUUCUCUUUGCGUGCAUCGGAAAUCUAACCUAUGUACUGUCUAUCCUCGCAUUCUCACCCGUGUGCGAAGGUGGACGCCAAUGCCGUGGCGACGACAUUGGUAGGGUGUACGGCAGAUAUAUUCUCGUUAACCUUUCCUGGUUGAUUGGGAGUUUCGGGACGUUGUUUUUGGAUAUGUGCAUUUUUAUCCAGUUUUUCUUGUAUCAAGAUAACAACGGGGCUUCGACCUUGGUCGUGUCAUGA